UGCGGCUUUAUGCUCCCUCAGAUCUCAGCGUCCGACCCAGGCCAUCACGGACACAUGUCAGGGUAUUGCAUCUCUGUAUUGUGGAUUCUGGGCUGUGAUUGGCUGAGGGUUGACAGUCUAACAUUUGUAUGUAGUGACAGCGAACGAAGUAAACAUAGUGCGUCAAAUGCAGAAAAAAUUAGCUCACAUUGUACACUAACAUGGUUGGGGACUAGAAGCACAGCAUCUGAGCGCGACAAGGCUAUCGCGAUGGUUCUAAGCGCUGACCAUAACACAACUGCAGACUACUUUGAAAUGGCUAACCCAGGCAUUUUUGAUCAACAGGACGAAAUCCAUUCGUUCAUUGAGUCUCUGCUACCGCAUGUCAAGUCCUUUGCAUACACUUGGUUCAACCUGCAAGCAAGAAAACGGAAGCAUUACAAGAAACAUGAAGUUCGGAUGACACCAGCCGAAGAAAAGCGAUGCAAGGAAGAAUUGGAUGCUGAAGCGCCCGAAAUUAAAACAAAGUGGGCCUCAAGACUACUUGGCAAACUACGCAAGGACAUAAACGAUGAAUGUCGAGAGGAGUUUGUGACGGCGAUCGCAGGAGCGAAGCCAGGCUCGAGUUGUCGUUGUGUCAUUUCUAAGCACGACCAAAAGGGAAAGAUGCGGCGAAUUGACUGUCUUCGCCAGGCUGACAAGGUCUGGAGAUUGGACCUUGUAAUGGUGAUUCUAUUUCGAGGAAUUCCUUUGGAGAGUACUGACGGUGAACGACUAGGGAAAUCGGAACAUUGUCACCAUCCAGGACUAUGUGUUCUACCGAACCACAUCACAGUCACCGUCCGAGAACUAGACUUAUAUCUAACGAACUUUAUGUGCACAAGAGACCAUAAAGAGGAUUCCGAUACUCAAAACAGCGCUCCAAAUUCACCCGCAGACCAGCAAGCUCGAAUCCAGAGAUUGUCCAGGGACAAUAACCUUGUACUGUCUGGAGUUUUCACUGUUACAGAGCUAUACAGAUGCUCUAAAACUCCUAUACGCUAUGGAAGUAACCAAGGGCUGGUGUUAGGGUUUGACAGCCCCCCAUAUGUCCCAGAAACCAAUUUGGAACAACGAUUUCCUCAAGCACUAAACAUUCAGAGUAGAACAGACCCUCAUGAACUGCGAUACCGAAAGAAAAGAACUUUAAGUUCCAUAUCAUCAGUUGAUGAGGACAUUAUUGAUGAUGACUAUGUUCAUUCACCGUCUGGAUUUUCUCCUCAGAAUAGUGGUUGGCCAGGCGAUAUUGAUGCAGGAAUGGUACAAUCACCAGUCAUACCAUUUCCAGUCAAAAUCAAACCAGAACAGAACCCUACUGGUUACACCAUGAUGGAUCAACAAUCUAAUGUGUGCUGUGGCAUGAAUGAGCCCCAGUCUCCAUCUAUUAAUACUUAUAACACCCAGCAACAACACGUCCAACCAAGGCCUGUCAUGUCACCCGAUUACAACAACAACAUGAAUGAUGCAUACCUGCAGGCAUUAGCUGGACAAAAGAGUUUGAAUAUGAAUGGUGGCAUAGGGUCAAUGCAUACACAGCAACAGGGAUUUCAGUUUAGAAUACCAACAGGACCUGUACCAACAAUAGGUUCAGCUCCAGGUCGAACAGGAUCUAUAACUGCAGAGUAUGCUCAGUAUUUGGACAGACCUCGUUCAAGUUCUGUUCCAUCACCAAGACAGAUGGGAAUAGGGCCUUCAGCUGUCAUUCCUCCGUCAUCUCUCCGAUCCCAAAACCAUGUUGGUAUGGUGAAUGGAAAUAGUACAAACAGUAGUAAUAUUAGUAGUGCAAACCAAUCAGGUCAGUCACCAACACGGCAUUCACCUAUUCCUACUAGUCCGUCUAGUAGAAGUCCACCAUCUGGUAUCACGCUGAAGACAACACUACAAAUUAUCCAGGCAGCUGUAAGCAACUCUCAAACUAUGACACCAACUCUAUCAAACCAAUCACAAGUUUUCACUUAUGGCAACUUCAACAAUUCUCAAAUGCCGACAAGUAUGAGCCCUAAUAUGCCCAUGGGCGUGUCACAUAGAUUCAGACUCCCAACACCACCACCUCAGCUCACCCCGUCCAACAACACUGGUGAUGAUGAAAGUGGAGAAUACCAGCAAAUUGUCCAGACUUUGAAUGGAAUGGCAUCUGAUGUUUCUAUGCUUGAAAGUAAGACAUCAGUACAAUAGGCACAGAUGAUAGAGACUAUUACCACAUCAAUACCUCUAUACCAGAAACUGUUGGCUCAUCAAGAAGGAUAUCAUCUUAAAACCUUCAUUAUCAAAGGAGAAAAGUACUCUAAUAGAUAGAAGAGUUGUUCCAAAAGACUUUUCCAAGGGCUUGUCAGAGGAAGACUUGUCCAGGAAGGAGGGUGGUAGGGUUUGUCCAGGCAGUAGUUUAUCUGUGCAUUAAAAGAAUCCAAGUAGGUGAAAUAUCUAUAGUGACAGAUUCAGUACCAUUAAAACCAUAGUCUUGCUGAGUACCUAAGGUAUCAGACAUUGCCAGUUAAUGUUAUAGAAGAUGACAGCAACAGUCAUAUUUGUACUAGCAUGCACACACACUCAUAACGCAAGUAUUUAAAGCAAAGAAAUUGCACUGCAUCACACAUAGCUCAAUAGUGUGCUAGAUAAAACACUUAGUAGUGGCAUCAUAAGGGUCAUAAUACGGCCAGUGUUCUCAGCUCGCUUUGCUGUUGGAUAUUCAUUCUAGGUCAUACACGUUUUUAAAAAUGUAACUUAAAGUUAAAAGUGCUCUUUAAGAGAUUAUUUGAAAUGAAUUUUCCAAUGUCGGUAGAGAUAUUUUGCUGUUUGUUUUUGAAAGACUGAGCUAAUAUCUCUAAUAGUGUGGCUGCUUGAUAGUGUUUUGCACAGUUUUCUGCCUUGCUGUGCUCUCUUUCGUACUUACAGCGAUUGUCUGCAGCUAUUUCAAGAAGCAUUGUCCAAGGUUAAUWAAKAAACAGCAUUCUGGAUCGCUUCAAAAAUGUCUGGAAAUUGGCCAGUAUUUAAUAUGGUAUUUCAUAUGUGUUCACCAGACAUUGAGGAACCUGAGAGUUGGAAGGCAAAAAGGAAUUCAAACCUCACAAAGACAGCAAAAUUUUGUGUCAAUCUUCUUCAGGUUUAGGUGUGCAGAUGUCUCAAACGAGUUCAUAUCCAAUGUGAUGACCACAAUUCAUUUUGGUCUUGACAACCUUUGUACAAGCUUUUUAAAACUGCUGUUUGUGUAACUGUUUGAACAAAAGUUGCCUCGUUACUAUUUUAGCGCAUGCGCAGCAACUGUAUAUAGUUUAUAUUUCAUGUUUUUAUGAAUCGCUUUAAAGGUCCAUCCAGGGUCUUUUUGCGUUUUUCUUAAGUUUCCAAAGGUCCAUUAACGGCCUCAAAGGGUCAUUAUGAGGAGUUCUCUAAGAGCCCGUCCRCAAGGGUCAACAAAUGGCCAAUAAGAUAAUUACAUUUUUGAUAACUAUAAAAGAAAGCAUAAUUUUGAAUCUACGGCAAAGCGAAUUUUUGAAACGUGCAUUAUUUAUAGACAUUAUUAUAGAUUCGUAUGUAGGAAGAAUUGUAGAUUUCUGUAAAAUGAUUUGUAUUUUUAUGGCGCACUCUUUCGCACUUCAUGUUUUUUGCAAACGCUUUGUAUUUACUAGAUGUUUAUAAUGAAUUAGAAACUGCUGUUCAAUCUCUUAGCCAUGUGAGACAGCUAACUGUACACAUUGAGCAUGCGCAAUGGUCAAUUAAAGCAUUGCGCGGCUCCUACAAACUCAUUUGAAUACUAUGCUAGUUCAUCUUGACAUUACCGCAUUGAAUAUGUCUGCAAAGUUUGCUGCAAUCAAAGACAGCAAUAGUAGUUCCUAAAUGAGUUUGCACAUCGUAUUUGGCUAUCUGGAAAUGCUUGUACUGGUGCCAAAUUGAUAGAAUUAAUAUUCCAUAUAUUUGAGAGAAAAGCUGUUUUCUUGAUCUUUACAAAUAUAGGUAGCUUUUAGCCUGCCAAAUACAUGGUUGUUAACGACCAAAUAUCGUGUUAAGGUGACUCCAACCAGUGUUUUCUUGGUGAAAAUACCAGUCUUCAUCUGCUUAAAUACCAAUUUUAUCAUGAUUGAGCAGUAUUGUUUACGAUGACACAGUUGUAGUCACCUUAAUAAAAUGAAAGUAGAAAAUUGAGUUGAGUCAGGAUUUCUUUAAAGCAACACCCAAUCAGCCACGUAUAUGAAGUAGUAUAUGGAGUGUGCUUUGUUCCAGUAYUAGUCCGACCACUCAGUUUUCUUCGUUGUAUUCGAACCGACAUAUCAUAGUUAUCGGUUUUUUGGGGUUCCUUAAUUACUUUCUUGAUGUUUAACAUUAGAAAAACUGGUUAAUAAAUCCAGACUUUUUGAAUUAGUUUUUGAUACAAAACGUUUGUUGAAUCAAUAAUACAAUCGAUAUAAAAAAAUGUCUGUUAAAAAUGGCAAAUGAUUUUUACAGCAAGUUGUUAGAUUUUAUAUAUACAGUGAAAGGAUCUUAUAUGUUUUGUAAAAAAAGUAGUUGCCUAGAAUAUAAUAGUAGAUGUAGAAUAAGACUAAAAAGGUCUUUAUAAGAAUUUUAUUAAUAUAUAUAUAUAAUAUCAUAUAGGACAGGUAUACAUAGUCGAAUGAAGGGUCUAGUACUGGUUAACAUGAAGAAAGUUUGAUAUUUUUCGUACCUUAAAUGAAAAUAAUGUUUGUAAAUGGUGAUGUCAAGGUAUCUGAGAAGCUUCACUUGAUCUUUCUUCAGUCGGAACAAAAAAAAAUAUUGUGAGGUGCAAAUUAUAUCAUUCCUGGGUUGCACUAAUAAAUCCAAUCUGAAUCCUUUGUUAUCCAAUCAGAGCAGGUCUUCUAAGAAGCUUUGACAAUCAUCUUGUAUAAAACAGAGUGCCUGAUGUUAGUAGUUGUCCAGAGGAAGCGCAGUUGCCAUGGUGAGUUGCCAUGGUUACAGUGCUUGAUCACUUUGCUAAUGCACCUCGGCUUAUGCAUAAUGUUCAGUCCAUUUUAAAUGAAAUGCCAUUCCCUUGAGCCCCGUUUUCGUCUUAAAUGGAUUUAAGACGAAUGUCAUUUAUUGGAUCAGAAAUGUGAUGGCAUUACGUCUAAGCGAGGAGGAUCUAUUCUAGUAUACAUGCAGAACACUUGUAGUAUGCGUAAUGAAAUGAAAGGAGAUCUUACAAGUUGAAAUGAAGCACACCUAUUUGACUACCGUUUAUGUCUGUAUUCUUUUAACCUUGUAGCUAUGGUGAUCACGWCACUGCUGAAUCGAAUAAGACGUCAUAGUCAUGUGACUUACUGCAUUWCUUGUAAACAUCUGGCACACUGUAUAUUUGAAUAAUAAAUGAAACUUGACUUAAA